AUUGGAAUUGUUCAUUACAGAAUGCGUGAAAUAGUUCAUCUUCAAGUUGGACAGUGUGGUAAUCAAAUUGGAUCUAAGUUUUGGGAAGUGAUUUCUGAUGAACAUGGAAUCGAUCCAACAGGAGCAUAUCGUGGUGAUUCAGAUCUCCAGCUGGAAAGGAUUAACGUUUACUAUAACGAAGCAAUGGGAGGAAAAUAUGUUCCACGUGCAAUAUUAGUAGACCUGGAACCAGGAACAAUGGAUAGUGUCCGUGCAGGUCCUUUUGGCCAACUUUUUCGUCCAGACAACUUUGUAUUUGGACAAAGUGGUGCAGGAAACAACUGGGCUAAAGGUCAUUAUACUGAAGGUGCCGAACUUGUGGACUCAGUGUUAGAUGUGAUGCGUAAGGAGGCAGAGAACACGGAUUCUCUUCAAGGUUUUCAAUUGACUCAUUCACUUGGUGGUGGAACUGGUUCAGGUUUGGGAACAUUGUUGAUUUCGAAAAUUCGUGAAGAGUAUCCUGAUCGAAUAAUGAACACAUUUUCAGUUGUUCCAUCACCAAAGGUCUCAGAUACUGUUGUCGAGCCAUACAAUGCUACACUGUCUGUACAUCAACUCGUUGAGAACACUGAUGAAACUCAAGUAAUCGAGCAUAUAAAACUGAACAGAGCAAUUACCUUAUUUUAUGAUAAACCAGAAUUUAUAAAAUUCGAUGAUUAUUCAAUAAAAUAUACUUAA